GCAACAUAGUGCCGUACGAAGUAGCGCGAAAAACAAACUUCAAAGUAGCGCUACGCGUUCAGCGGGAGGCGUGGAUGACGAGCGGCGAUAAACUUGCGAAAAGCAAGUUAUGCUCAACUCCACCGGUGGAUUCUGACAGCGUGGAAAAGUGUGAAAACAUCCAUGAUCACCAACGGAUUUCGAAGGGCUGGACUGCUGCAUGAUGGAGAGGAGGACACCGCCACGGCCCUUCAGAGGUUGUUCGACUCUGACAACGAGGAUUUGUUUGGUUUUGAAAGUGACAACGAAGGAAAGAAGCUGAGAGUGGAUGACGUAGCCAUCCUGAGCCUGUUCGUAUCAGACACUGGAGAAGAGGACUUUGGUGGUUUUAGUGCGCAGGAAGAUGGUGGUGAAUGACUGACUUUUCUUCUUGUUAAAGUCGUGUCACUGCACCUGAGCCUAAAAGGUAGGCUGAAUCUAUUUUUCUGGUGUGCUGUAGGUUAUUGUUAUGCACUACAUUUGUUACUCAUUUAUGAAGCACAGUACAUGUUUCGUACUUGUAAUUACUGGUACUUGUACAUAUACCUAAAAAGUUAUGCAAAUAUGUACCCCUAAUUUGUUUUUCAAAAUAUUAAUAAAAGGGGUGUGUCUCCAAACAGCCAUCUCUUUCCUGACAAUUCCCUUUGUGCAUAUUCUCUUACAUAUGAUAAGUCAACAUCGAAACACCUGCAGCUUUUAGUCAGGUGCGGCUAAUGUAUGUACAAAACAGGAUUUUCCCCUGAUUUUAGCUUGUGCGGCUAAUAUUCAGGUGCGCUUUGUAGUCCGGGAAAUACGGUAAAUCUAAAUCAGAUCAGCCCAUGUACAAAACAUAAUUGAACAAGUUUUAUUUAUAUUUUGGUUUUUUUGCCUGUCACGGUAAAGAAUGAAUUGUGAUACUAGCUGCUCACAGUAUCUAAUUAUUAAAUCCAUUAAUAAGUAAUUUAAGUGAUACAUUAUGAUAAAAAAUAAAGUUGCUGUCAAAAUAUAACAUAGUUUUUUGUUUUAUUUCAACAGAGAAUGCUCUAAAAGCUCUCACACCAGUAUCUACAAAACAGGCUGUGGAACGAGCAGUUGGAGUGUGUAAAAAGGUGGCGAAUGCCUUCUCAUGGAAGUCAUGGAAGAAAAAAUGUGAAUUGGCCAAGGCGCAAGCGGUGCUGGGCUUGCCUCCUCAUCGGCUCAUCACUGAAAGCCCUACAAGAUGGGGCUCGCAGCAGAUGAUGAUAGAGAGGUUCCUGGAGCAGGAGAAUGCUCUUUCACAGGUUCUCCUUGCAGACAAGAAGACAAGACAUCUGGUGCCAAGCUGGCAACACGUGGCAUUGCUAGAGUCCUUGAACAAGGCACUGGGUCCACUGUUCGAGUUACUGACGCUUUGUCAGGGGAGAGUUACGUCAGCGUAUCUUUUCUGAAGCCAGUUCUGCACCUCUUCAACAACGAAGUCCUCAGUCAGAAGGAUGGAGACACAGAGCUCACAAAAGCAGUCAAAGACGGUAUCCUCAAGUACCUCAAUGAAAAGUAUGAUGACCAUGCCACCAACAACCUCCUAGACAUGGUAACACUUGUUGACCGACGGUUUAAGACAGCCUACAUCAAGGAAGAGAGGGUGGAGUUCAUAAAGAUGAGAGCUGCAGCAGAGCUGGUGGACAUGGUGGGAGCAACAGCACCAGAAAGUGCACAAACAGCAGCAGCCUCCAGUUCACCCCCAGCUGCUGAAGAUGAUCCAGAGCUUCCCCGUCCCACAAAGAAAAAGAAAAGUUUAGGUAGCUACUUCAAAAAGGCAGGUCAAUCCACCACCCACUCCCAACCCAGCAGAGCAUCCAUUGAACUGGAGCUCUCCAUGCAUCUUCAGACACCUGGGCCUGACUCAGAGACUGACCCACUGGAGUGGUGGAAGCAGCAUGAGACAAACUUUCCAUUGGUGGCCAGGCUGGCCAGAAAGUAUGUGUGCAUUCCUGCUACUAGUUUUUCAUCUGAAAGGGCUUUCAGUGCGAGUGGGAACAUCAUCACAUGUAAGAGAUCAUGUCUUAAGCCAAACACAGUUGACCAACUAGUCUUCCUUGCACUCAACCUGUAAAUUCAACAGUAACAUAUCUACUUCUUCAAAGUAGCUAUUUUCUGUUUGCACUUGUAUUUAUGGUUAAUGCAUUAAACAGAGUUCUGUUCAACCCUGAUGCUUACUUUUGUCACUUUAUAUUGGUUUGCAAACUUUGCACUACAAGGUUACAGAUUUCAGAAAGUUAAGAAAUAAUUUGUGUUUAUUUUUUAUAGCUGAACUUUUGUGCAAAUCUGAGUUUUCUUCUCAGAAACUUGAAACUGUUGUGCACUUUAAGUUUAUUUUGACAAUUCAUUUUAAAUGUACGUUUUGGAAAAAAAAUGUGAAGGCCACAGCUGUUUUCAUCUGAUACAUUUAUACUAAAAUAUAUGUUUCUCAAUUGUGACAGUUCCAUUAAAUGUCUCUUCAAAAUAAAGUUGGAGAAAAGUGAGGAAUGAAAUUUGUCAAACUUUUCAGAGAAGAACUGGAAACAUUGUGGUAUAUCGUGAUAUAUAUCGUUAUCGUGAUAUAAAAUAAUUCAUAUCGCGAUAAAUAUUUUUUCCAUAUCGCCCAGCACUACUGGAAACUAAGUUGGAUAACUGUCACAGAUUGAGCUCCUGCUGUCUAAUUGAUUAAAAACAUACCCUAAAUUGGAAUAAAAAAAAAAAAACUAGAAUCAAAAAGCUUUUCUUAUUUCUUGACAUGGUUGUUAAUAUUUAGGACAUGAGCACAGCACAUCGCCCUUCCAUAGGACCAUUGUCUAACACACUCAUGCCUGCUUGGCAUAAAACUCCAGAAAAAUAGUUCCAGUUUAGCUUCUAGCUAAAAUUAGGGCACAUCACCACAAGGCACUGCAGAGCACACAUGUACCAAUUCUUGCUAUUCUACUUGUUAUUUCUGCAAUAAAGUAAAAAGUAUGACAAGUUGAUGGAUAAUUAUUAGUAUCAAUAAAACUGUUAAAAUUCUCCUCCAUCAUUCCAGAAACAAUACAGCUUCCAUGUGGUAACAGUGGACUGUAUAUAAAGGAUGAACACAGCCAUGGUGAUGCAGGUGAUGUCACCUGCUGGUUCCUGAAGCCUCCAGCUGAGCGUUCAUGUUUUAAAAUCAUACAUCAGCGUAAGGCAGGUCUGACCAACAAACACAGGGAUACUGCUGAAAAUCUGAUCUCAAAUUUCUUUCAGGCCGUUUCCAACAUAAAAUCUUUAAACUCUGAUGUACUGGCCUCUUGUAUGUUUCUUGCAAGAGCUUUUUAAAUGUUAUUUUAAACAUGUUUUUUAUAUUUAUAUUAAUAAUCGAAAUCACCCAGCUCACUUCAGUGCCACGACACCAACUACCACUGAAUUUGUUUGAAUCCAGCUAAACUAAAGGUUGAGUAGAGGAAAUGCAGAAAAUUAAUGGCACAGCACACGACUGGGAAUCAAAUAUAAAAACCACAAUAAUGUUAGAAGAAGUACCAUCACAGUCAACUACAUCGAAAUCUGCAACACAAACAAGUUGAGAACCCAACCAGAAAACAGCAGACGAGGGAAGCCGAGCAAAAAUAAGAGCAGCACUGCCCCAUGCUGGUCAGACUUUGACCCACUGGUUAAAUUAACUUGUUAUGGGUUAAUACACAGUCUGAAAGCUAAAUUUGUAGCAGUCUUUUCCAUCCAGUGUAAGCAGACAGCAUAACAUACAUCUAAGACUUAUUUCUCUCUGCCUGCAGCCUGUUUUGAUCCAUUUCUCUAUUCUGCAGCAACCUUUCAAAUUCAGGUCAACGUUUUCACAAAUUACUUCUAGAUCUGAACCGAUACAUGCACUGCACCUGGGCUUUCCUAAGAGCACUGUCUCACACCCUACACUCGGUGACA